GAACAUUAGAAUAGCUAACGCGGCAGAGAGCUAGCUAGCAAUUGAACACGUCUAAUUUCGUUAGCCGUAUAACGUUAGGUGUUCGGAUCCACAGUCACUCGGAAUUAGGAGUUCCAGAGAGAGGAGCUUGUUUGUAUUUUAGCGCUGGUGCAUGACAAUGGAGACAGAAAUUGAGCAGCAGGAAGAAGAGACAACGUUCAGCAACACUGACACUAACGGGAAACGCCCCGCUGAGGACAUGGAUGAGGAGCAGGCCUUCAAGCGUUCUCGCAACACAGACGAGAUGGUGGAACUGCGGGUACUGCUGCAGAGCAAAAAUGCUGGAGCUGUUAUUGGAAAGGGUGGCAAGAAUAUAAAAGCCUUACGCACUGACUACAAUGCCAGUGUAUCAGUCCCUGACAGCAGUGGCCCCGAGCGGAUCCUGAGCGUGAGUGCAGAUAUCGACACUAUUGGGGAGAUCCUGCUUAAGAUCAUCCCUACUCUGGAAGAGUACCAGCAUUAUAAUGGGAUUGAUUUUGACUGCGAGCUGCGUUUGCUGAUCCACCAGAGUUUGGCUGGUGGGAUCAUUGGUGUGAAAGGUGCCAAGAUAAAGGAGUUAAGAGAGAACACCCAGACCACCAUUAAGCUGUUCCAGGAGUGCUGUCCUCACUCCACUGACCGUGUGGUUCUGGUUGGUGGAAAGCCAGACCGUGUCGUGGAAUGCAUCAAAGUUAUCCUGGAGUUGGUAUCUGAGGCUCCAAUUAAAGGGCGGGCCCAGCCUUAUGACCCCAACUUCUACGACGAGACGUAUGAUUAUGGCGGUUUCACCAUGAUGUUUGAGGAGCGGGGCCGGCGGCCAAUGGGUGGAUUCCCUAUGCGGGGCCGAGGGGGCUUUGAGCGCAUGCCCCCAAGCCGCGGAGGCCGACCCAUGCCCCCCUCCAGGCGGGACUAUGACGAUAUGAGCCCCCGCCGAGGACCACCUCCUCCCCUGCCAGGCAGAGGAGGUCGGGGAGGGAGCCGGGCUCGAAACCUGCCCCUGCCUCCACCUCCACCGCCGAGAGGAGGAGGUGACCGGUUCUCCCACCAGGGCUAUCACGGCAAUAUGGAUGACAGACCAAAGGCGACAGGUAGCGUAUCGGUUAGGAGCGUUGGGCCAGGAACCAAAAGGUUGCUAGAUCGAAUCCCUGACCCUACAAGCAGCGACCGGAGAGGAAGACCUGGAGACCGCUACGAAAGCAUGAGCGGCGGCUACAGUGACAACAAUUCCUCGUGGGAGCCCUUUCAGUCCGGUGGCCGAGGGUCAUACAGUGACAUCGGUGGUCCUGUCAUCACAACGCAAGUGACCAUCCCCAAAGAUCUGGCCGGCUCCAUCAUCGGGAAAGGCGGCCAGCGGAUCAAGCAGAUUCGUCACGAGUCAGGAGCGUCCAUCAAGAUCGACGAGCCACUAGAGGGCUCUGAGGACCGCAUCAUCACCAUCACCGGAACGCAGGACCAGAUCCAGAACGCUCAGUAUCUACUGCAGAACAGUGUGAAGCAGUACUCCGGUCGCUUUUUCUAAAGAGUGAAGAGGAGUGAAGACAAACUGCCAUGGUCAUUCGCUCCCUCUAUUCAGAGCCAACAUUCCUCUGCUUUGGGUAGAUGUGCCCCUCCCCCGGUCAUCUAACAAAACACUGUCGUUUAAUAAGAAGUUCGGAAAUUCUCUCAAAGCUGUUGAAUGAGUUUAUCCCCAUUUUUUCUGUUUUACUUGCCCUGCUUGUUUUUUUUCUGGAACUGUGUACUCUUCUUACUUGGAGUGAACUCUCUUUUUUAUGUCAGUACAGCAUGCAGAAUGUAAUUUUGUUUUGUAAGGAACAUUUUAUAAUUUUGCACUGAAAGACACAGGGCUGUAUAAAAAUGUAAAUAUACAGGAAUUGAUUCAUUGGAUGAAUAGGAGUGCGAAGAUUGGUUUUAUUUUCUUGGGAGACUGAUAGGGCCUAAAUGAAAUUUAUUGAUUUUGUUUUCUACCUGAUUUCAGCUGUUUUACAAGCCACUUUGGGAUAGAAAUACUGUAACUCAUUCAUGCACUCUUUGACAUUCGGAUCCAUUUCAACCUGGCUGAAGCUUGUUUUUUAAGUCUGUAAGCAUUUUUAACAUGUUUGAUGGGAACUUGGUAGGUGGUUGUCAGUUUUGGAGGAGAAUGCAGCCUUUCUGUCCAUCUGAGUGGCAUGUUUCCCCCAUCUGUUAAUAUCUACCCUGCCCAUCUGUUAAUAUCUACCCUGUCCGUGGUGUGUAGUAUCUGCUUCAAGUCUGAGUAAUAAAGUCUGUGCCACCUUUUACUAAA